GCGAUUGAUAAUUUAAAUGGUUAGUAAAGAAAUGCUGAAGAAAAUCAGGUUAAAUGUUAUCGGUUAUGGUUAAACGGUUGCAGCAGUUAAUGAAGAUUCUGUAUGUGUAUAGAAAGAAAGUUGUAAGUGGAUUGCUGUGUAAUGUGUUUGCCUCAUCACCAGCCAGCCAGCAGUUUUUACCAUCACUGCCACUAUAGAAAAUCUGGUUUUGCCUUAUUCCAGUUGAUUGUUAUCAACCUUCAAUUGUUAUUUUAAUUUUGAAUCUUUGGAUUUAUAUCUUUUUAAGUUAAUUUAUUAAUUAGUAUAGUGUAAUUUAAAAAUGGCUUCUAAAGGCCCUAUGGUACAAGGAACAGAUGGAAGUGAUCAUCUUCACCGACAAACUAUUGCCCUUCACUAUUCACAAAGUGUCAUUAAUAAAUCUAGGUUGAAAUGGUCAAUAACCAUGCAUUAUUUACUUUUUGGUUUGAUGGUGGCUAAAUUAACAGAUGAUAUUUUAGACCGUUUUGAUGUUUUCAUUCUCGAAUUACAACAACUUUACAUACCCAAACCAAUGAUAUGGGAAUGGAUUUGGACAUUAUCAGUGUUUUUUAAUUACAUAGCCAGUAAAGCAAUGAAGAAAAACAAUCCAACAUCAAUGAAAUUUUAUCUAUUUAUCAUCAAUUUAACAGCAAUUUUUCCCGUUUUCUACGCCAUGAUAGUUUAUUUAUCCGACUUUUUGGUGUACUUUGAAACACGAGAUGUUACAAAAGUUACUCAUGUUUGGAAUAAGUAUCCUCUGGCAGUGAUUUGGUACGGAUUCCUCCUGGUUGCUUUACAAGUUCAUUUGGCUCAAUUUGUGUUUGCCUAUAAAUUAAUUAAGGUUUGGUCUUUAAAGAAAAGAAGAGAGUAAGAAUAUACAGUAAGUGAACACAUUCUUAGCAAGUAUCAACUAAGCUUAUCGAAUAAAAGAGUAAAUGCAAAUUGUAUGACAAAAAGAACAUAUCGAUAUAUUGAGGGAAAUGAUUAGAUGAGCCAUUAAUCAAUGUAUUAAGGUUUGUUUGAUACAGUUCGAAAUAAAUUCAAUUGCAUUUCUUUUCAAUAUGCAAUUUUAUCUGUUUAA